AUGGGAGAGCAGCACUGGGAGAGCAGCACUGGGAGAGCAAAACUAGCAGCACUGGGAGAGCAGCACUGGGAGAGCAGCACUGGGAGAGCAGCACUGGGAGAGCAGCACUGGGAGAGCAGCACUGGGAGAGCAGCACUGGGAGAGCAGCACUGGGAGAGCAGCACUGGGAGAGCAGCACUGGGAGAGCAGCACUGGGAGAGCAGCACUGGGAGAGCAGCACUGGGAGAGCAGCACUGGGAGAGCAGCACUGGGAGAGCAGCACUGGGAGAGCAAAACUGGGAGAGCAGCACUGGGAGAGCAGCACUGGGAGAGCAGCACUGGGAGAGCAGCACUGGGAGAGCAGCACUGGGAGAGCAGCACUGGGAGAGCAGCACUGGGAGAGCAGCACUGGGAGAGCAGCACUGGGAGAGCAGCACUGGGAGAGCAGCACUGGGAGAGCAGCACUGGGAGAGCAGCACUGGGAGAGCAGCACUGGGAGAGCAGCACUGGGAGAGCAGCACUGGGAGAGCAGCACUGGGAGAGCAGCACUGGGAGAGCAGCACUGGGAGAGCAGCACUGGGAGAGCAGCACUGGGAGAGCAGCACUGGGAGAGCAGCACUGGGAGAGCAGCACUGGGAGAGAAGCACAGGGAGAGCGGCACUGGGAGAGCAGCACAGGGAGAGCAGCACUGGGAGAGCAAAACUGGGAGAGCAGCACUGGGAGAGCAGCACUGGGAGAGCAGCACUGGGAGAGCAGCACUGGGAGAGCAGCACUGGGAGAGCAGCACUGGGAGAGCAGCACUGGGAGAGCAGCACUGGGAGAGCAGCACUGGGAGAGCAGCACUGGGAGAGCAGCACUGGGAGAGCAGCACUGGGAGAGCAAAACUGGGAGAGCAGCACUGGGAGAGCAGCACUGGGAGAGCAGCACUGGGAGAGCAGCACUGGGAGAGCAGCACUGGGAGAGCAGCACUGGGAGAGCAGCACUGGGAGAGCAGCACUGGGAGAGCAGCACUGGGAGAGCAGCACUGGGAGAGCAGCACUGGGAGAGCAGCACUGGGAGAGCAGCACUGGGAGAGCAGCACUGGGAGAGAAGCACAGGGAGAGCGGCACUGGGAGAGCAGCACAGGGAGAGCAGCACUGGGAGAGCAAAACUGGGAGAGCAGCACUGGGAGAGCAGCACUGGGAGAGCAGCACUGGGAGAGCAGCACUGGGAGAGCAGCACUGGGAGAGCAGCACUGGGAGAGCAGCACUGGGAGAGCAGCACUGGGAGAGCAGCACUGGGAGAGCAGCACUGGGAGAGCAGCACUGGGAGAGCAGCACUGGGAGAGCAGCACUGGGAGAGCAGCACUGGGAGAGCAAAACUGGGAGAGCAGCACUGGGAGAGCAGCACUGGGAGAGCAGCACUGGGAGAGCAGCACUGGGAGAGCAGCACUGGGAGAGCAGCACUGGGAGAGCAGCACUGGGAGAGCAGCACUGGGAGAGCAGCACUGGGAGAGCAGCACUGGGAGAGCAGCACUGGGAGAGCAGCACUGGGAGAGCAGCACUGGGAGAGCAAAACUGGGAGAGCAGCACUGGGAGAGCAGCACUGGGAGAGCAGCACUGGGAGAGCAGCACUGGGAGAGCAGCACUGGGAGAGCAGCACUGGGAGAGCAGCACUGGGAGAGCAAAACUGGGAGAGCAGCACUGGGAGAGCAGCACUGGGAGAGCAGCACUGGGAGAGCAGCACUGGGAGAGCAGCACUGGGAGAGCAGCACUGGGAGAGCAGCACUGGGAGAGCAGCACUGGGAGAGCAGCACUGGGAGAGCAGCACUGGGAGAGCAGCACUGGGAGAGCAGCACUGGGAGAGCAGCACUGGGAGAGCAGCACUGGGAGAGCAGCACUGGGAGAGCAGCACUGGGAGAGCAGCACUGGGAGAGCAGCACUGGGAGAGCAGCAAUGGGAGAGCAAAACUGGGAGAGCAGCACUGGGAGAGCAGCACUGGGAGAGCAGCACUGGGAGAGCAGCACUGGGAGAGCAGCACAGGGAGGGCAGCACUGGGAGAGCAGCACUGAGAGAGCAGCAAAGGGAGAGCAGCACUGGGAGAGCAGCACUGGGAGAGCAGCACUGGGAGAGCAGCACUGGGAGAGCAGCACUGGGAGAGCAGCACUGGGAGAGCAGCACUGGGAGAGCAGCACUGGGAGAGCAGCACUGGGAGAGCAGCACUGGGAGAGCAGCACUGGGAGAGCAGCACUGGGAGAGCAGCACUGGGAGAGCAGCACUGGGAGAGCAGCACUGGGAGAGCAGCACUGGGAGAGCAGCACUGGGAGAGCAGCACUGGGAGAGCAGCACUGGGAGAGCAGCACUGGGAGAGCAGCACUGGGAGAGCAGCACUGGGAGAGCAAAACUGGGAGAGCAGCACUGGGAGAGCAGCACUGGGAGAGCAGCACUGGGAGAGCAGCACUGGGAGAGCAGCACUGGGAGAGCAGCACUGGGAGAGCAGCACUGGGAGAGCAGCACUGGGAGAGCAGCACUGGGAGAGCAGCACUGGGAGAGCAGCACUGGGAGAGCAGCACUGGGAGAGCAGCACUGGGAGAGCAGCACUGGGAGAGCAGCACUGGGAGAGCAGCACUGGGAGAGCAGCACUGGGAGAGCAGCACUGGGAGAGCAGCACUGGGAGAGCAGCACUGGGAGAGCAGCACUGGGAGAGCAGCACUGGGAGAGCAGCACUGGGAGAGAAGCACAGGGAGAGCGGCACUGGGAGAGCAGCACAGGGAGAGCAGCACUGGGAGAGCAAAACUGGGAGAGCAGCACUGGGAGAGCAGCACUGGGAGAGCAGCACUGGGAGAGCAGCACUGGGAGAGCAGCACUGGGAGAGCAGCACUGGGAGAGCAGCACUGGGAGAGCAGCACUGGGAGAGCAGCACUGGGAGAGCAGCACUGGGAGAGCAGCACUGGGAGAGCAGCACUGGGAGAGCAAAACUGGGAGAGCAGCACUGGGAGAGCAGCACUGGGAGAGCAGCACUGGGAGAGCAGCACUGGGAGAGCAGCACUGGGAGAGCAGCACUGGGAGAGCAGCACUGGGAGAGCAGCACUGGGAGAGCAGCACUGGGAGAGCAGCACUGGGAGAGCAGCACUGGGAGAGCAGCACUGGGAGAGCAGCACUGGGAGAGCAGCACUGGGAGAGAAGCACAGGGAGAGCAGCACUGGGAGAGCAGCACUGGGAGAGCAGCACUGGGAGAGCAGCACUGGGAGAGCAGCACUGGGAGAGCAGCACUGGGAGAGCAGCACUGGGAGAGCAGCACUGGGAGAGCAGCACUGGGAGAGCAGCACUGGGAGAGCAGCACUGGGAGAGCAGCACUGGGAGAGCAGCACUGGGAGAGCAGCACUGGGAGAGCAGCACUGGGAGAGCAGCACUGGGAGAGCAAAACUGGGAGAGCAGCACUGGGAGAGCAGCACUGGGAGAGCAGCACUGGGAGAGCAGCACUGGGAGAGCAGCACUGGGAGAGCAGCACUGGGAGAGCAGCACUGGGAGAGCAGCACUGGGAGAGCAGCACUGGGAGAGCAGCACUGGGAGAGCAGCACUGGGAGAGCAGCACUGGGAGAGCAGCACUGGGAGAGCAAAACUGGGAGAGCAGCACUGGGAGAGCAGCACUGGGAGAGCAGCACUGGGAGAGCAGCACUGGGAGAGCAGCACUGGGAGAGCAGCACUGGGAGAGCAGCACUGGGAGAGCAAAACUGGGAGAGCAGCACUGGGAGAGCAGCACUGGGAGAGCAGCACUGGGAGAGCAGCACUGGGAGAGCAGCACUGGGAGAGCAGCACUGGGAGAGCAGCACUGGGAGAGCAGCACUGGGAGAGCAGCACUGGGAGAGCAGCACUGGGAGAGCAGCACUGGGAGAGCAGCACUGGGAGAGCAGCACUGGGAGAGCAGCACUGGGAGAGCAGCACUGGGAGAGCAGCACUGGGAGAGCAGCACUGGGAGAGCAGCACUGGGAGAGCAGCAAUGGGAGAGCAAAACUGGGAGAGCAGCACUGGGAGAGCAGCACUGGGAGAGCAGCACUGGGAGAGCAGCACUGGGAGAGCAGCACAGGGAGGGCAGCACUGGGAGAGCAGCACUGAGAGAGCAGCAAAGGGAGAGCAGCACUGGGAGAGCAGCACUGGGAGAGCAGCACUGGGAGAGCAGCACUGGGAGAGCAGCACUGGGAGAGCAGCACUGGGAGAGCAGCACUGGGAGAGCAGCACUGGGAGAGCAGCACUGGGAGAGCAGCACUGGGAGAGCAGCACUGGGAGAGCAGCACUGGGAGAGCAGCACUGGGAGAGCAGCACUGAGAGAGCAGCACAGGGAAAGCAGCACUGGGAGAGCAGCACUGGGAGAGCAGCACUGGGAGAGCAGCACUGGGAGAGCAGCACUGGGAGAGCAGCACUGGGAGAGCAGCACUGGGAGAGCAAAACUGGGAGAGCAGCACUGGGAGAGCAGCACUGGGAGAGCAGCACUGGGAGAGCAGCACUGGGAGAGCAGCACUGGGAGAGCAGCACUGGGAGAGCAGCACUGGGAGAGCAGCACUGGGAGAGCAGCACUGGGAGAGCAGCACUGGGAGAGCAGCACUGGGAGAGCAGCACUGGGAGAGCAGCACUGGGAGAGCAGCACUGGGAGAGCAGCACUGGGAGAGCAGCACUGGGAGAGCAGCACUGGGAGAGCAGCACUGGGAGAGCAGCACUGGGAGAGCAGCACUGGGAGAGCAGCACUGGGAGAGCAGAUGAUGGCCGCCUCCCCAAGGGGAAGGUGUGUGACAAUAAGAGGAAGAAACAGCUAUGA